CCCCGUGGUGCCCUGCGGCCGCUCUCCGCGCGGCCGCUCUCCGCGCUACAGGGCGCGUGGCGGGGAGGGGAGGUGCUGCCGCCUGUGUGCGCUUUCGUGGCGCCGCUGCCGCGCCGGGGAUGGAGGGCGCCGCGCACUGCUCCCUGAGGGCGAAGCGCCUCCUCCUGGACCCCAAGUUCGAGGGCUACAAGCUGUCCCUGGAGCCGCUGGCCUGCUACCAGCUGGGGCUCGACGCGGCUGUUGCAGAAGUCAAACUUCGAGAUGAUCAGUACACCCUCGACCACGUGCGUGCUUUUGGCAUGUAUAAUUAUCUUCACCUGGAUUCCUGGUACCAGGAUAAUGUCUACUAUAUUGACCAAUUUGGAAGGGUUAUGAAUGUGUCAGUGACUCUGGACACUGCUCUACAAAAACCAAGAGAAGUUUUCAGGCUACCUACAGACUUGACAGCUUAUGAUAAUCGCCUUUGUGCUUCAAUAUAUUUCUCAUCUUCCACUUGGGUGACCCUUUCUGAUGGAACAGGACGACUGUAUUUGAUUAAAUCAGGCAAACGUGGAAACAGUGCAUCUGAAAAGUGGGAGAUUGUAUUUAAUGAAGAACUAGGCAGUCCCUUUACUAUCGCACACAGUGUUUCAUUUGUAAAAUCUGAUAUGCAUUCAGUAGCUGUGCUGUUGCUUAGAGUAGAGAAAGAUGAACUGGACACAAAAGGAAGUGGAUUUCAUAUUUCCCUGGAAUGGGUUACAAUUGCAGAGAUAAGCAAAGAGGGUGACUGUAGAUAUGAGAUCUUCAAAAGAAGAGUUUUACAAGGAAAAUCAGUCCCUCAUUAUGCAGCAAUUGAACCGAGUGGAGAUGGUUUAAUGAUUCUCUCCUACAAACCAUUCAGAUUUAUGCAAGAUGAGGACAGCAGGUUAGAAGAAAAUGAUGAUGAAAAAGUAACAAAUAAAAAGAAAGACCCCCUCUAUUACUGGCAGCAGACUGAAGAUGACUUGACAGUAACAGUUCACAUUCCUCAAGAUAUUAUUAAGGAUGACAUAAAAGUACGGUUUUCCCCUGAUAACAUAUGUGUUGCACUGAAAGACCAGCCUCCUUUGAUGGAAGGAAAACUCUAUUCAUCUGUGGACCAUGAAAGCUGCACAUGGAUAAUUAGAGAGAACAGAAGCUUGGAAAUUUCUCUAAUUAAGAAAAGUGAGGGACCCCAGUGGCCAGAACUAAUAGUUGGUGACACAAGAGGAGAAUUCAUUAUGGACCCUUCCCAAUGCUCUGCAAUAUCUGAAUGCCUAAUGCAUCUUACCUCUGAAGUAAUGAAUCCAAAUCCGGACAAGGAAAACCCGCCUUGUAAUGCACAAGAAUUAGAAGAAUGUGAUGCUUUUCUUGAAGACAGCGCAAGUUUGUGCAGAUUUGAUGGUGAUACCUUGAAAAUUACUCAUGUAAUUAAUCUUGGAAGCAACCAGUAUCUUUUCUCAGUUGUUGUGGAUCCCAAAGAAAUGCCUUGCUUCUGUCUGAGGCAUGAUGUUGAUGCUCUUCUCUGGCAGCCCCACUCUGACCAACCAGAGAACAUGUGGGAACACAUUGCAACUUUUAAUGCUUUAGGUUAUGUCCAAGCAUCAAAGCAAGACAAGAAGUUCAUGGCUUGUGCCCCAAAUUAUUCCUACGCUGCUCUUUGCGAGUGCUUGCGGCGAGUUUUCAUCUAUCGCCAGCCGACUCCUCUGUCCACGGUUCUCUACAACAGGAAGGAGGGAAGACAAGUGGGGCAGGUUGCUAAGCAGCUAGUAGCAACCCUGGAAGCCAAUGAUCCUAUCUUAGGCUUUCAAGCUACAAAUGAGAGAUUAUUUGUUCUCACAACAAAAACCUUGUUUUUAAUAAAGGUAAACCCUGGAAAUUAAUUAUUUAGUAUAUCCUGUUGUAGUUUAUGUUCACAGUUGGUAGAACAAGUAACUAGGUAAAUUAUCUGAGAAGUUCAUGCUGAAGUUUACAAGGAAAUGUAACCUUUUACAGGGGAAUCAAAAUUUUUCAUUACAAAGCCUUUCAACUUUGCUAUCACUGAACUAAGCUUUUGGAGCUUGAGAGACAAAAAAAGUCUCUGUGCUAUCAGCUUUCUUAAAGCUAUUGUCAGAGGCUGAUACUGCAUAGGUGAAUAGAUUUAUGCAUUGUUCUUUUCCAAAUAAUUGUAUUUGCCACACUUCUGAAUUUUGAGAAUUCAUUUCUGUUUCCAGUUGCCACUGUUUACCUCUGAAGGAAGUAGUCAGAUAAGGAAAUAAAGCCUUGAAUUGAAUUGAACACAAGCAUGUAAUGUGCAAAGUAAAGAACAGUGUAUCAUAAAGAAAAAUUUCCAAAUUCAAAUACAAUUGAUCAAAAAUGAUUGAAUAUUUCAGUAUUCAAGGAUAUUGAAUAGAAUAUGAAUGUAAUAUUACAUUUCUUAUGCAGGUACCGGAUUCAAGUGGAAUAAUUACAUUGUAUAUGCAGAUUUUUGAUUAUUGAUCUGUGACUUACUCAUGCUUGCAGUGAAAUCUGUUUGUAUCUUAAGAAACACUGUAAUAGCUUUUCAUAACUAUUCCUUAAAGCAAAACUAAGAGUGAAUGUGUAUCUGGUGAUUAUACAUUGAACAGUACAGGUCAAGGUCUAGUUAUAAUCUCAGUUGUCAUAUUCAUCUCAGGUUGUACUUAAUUUACAGCUAGAAAAUGGCUAAUGGAAAAUGCACCUGUAUCUUAACCUGAGAUGUGCAACUCAUCAAAUGCUGCUUCUGCCUUAGAGACCACCAUAAACAUGUUACUACUUAGCCAUUCUGUCCCGAUACACAAACCAAAUAUGGUAUGUCUGCAAAGUAAGAGUGCACUGACCACGAGGAUGCUCUAAAGCUUCUGUUGAACAAACAGGCAUGGUUAAUUUGUUGAAAAGUUGUAUCUGGAGAUUGUUUCCUAUUUGAAAAUGACAAUGUCAAUACAGUUAAAGCAAAAAAGGGUCAGCUGUGGCAGUGGCACUGUUUUUUAAUUUUUGUUUACAGCUCCACAGCAAAGAAUCUCUAACUAAUAUAUUGCACGCUACUGGAAGGCUGCUGUGAUUUGUGGUAGCAAAGUACUGCAACAGACACAAAUACAAUGAGUGGCUUAGUAGUUUGCAUCUUUUUUCGAUAUUUCAGACCUCAGUGAAAAUCUAUGGAGAGGAAAAGAUAUGUUCUGUUUUGUGGGCUAUCAGGUUUUUAGUUGUGACUGCUUUGGCUCUCCUGUAAGUUCUCCAGAGCUAUAUCAGUGCAAUGAUUGAACAAGAUACUGAAAAUUUAAGAAGGAGACAGCUUGCCAACAAUAACAACAACAAAAAAGCUCUUUGAGGAGCCUGAUUUUCCUCUUCCUGAUAUCAGUAUUAUAUUGUAUAUCCAUUAUAAGUUUUUCCUUAUUCUUACCUACGUAAAUUAAGAGUUGAGCCCUAAACCUUCCUCCUUAUUCUGUUUUUUAAAAACUGUCUUGAAGAUGCUUUUUAAAAAAGACCCAGUGUUACUGUUUCAUGAGUGUUUUUCUUCUAAAUUUUCAUUGUUGAAAAAAAAUAAGGUUUCAAACAAGGUGGUAGGAUUCAUGCAACAGUCCUUCAGAAAAGAUUGUAUGCAGUUAAUUACUUGGCAGCAUAAAGUGCAUUGAGUUUUAUUUGAAUAUUACUUAGUUACCUGAAAUUCAUCCAUUGGGAACACAGAGUGAAGAACAAGUAAUGGGUUUUGGGGAAUGGAGGAGGGAAGAGGGAAUGAGAGAUUCAUAAGCAAUAUGAUUUUGUCACCUUGCAUCUGUCACAGGAAGCUUCAGGAUAGAUGAGAAUUUCAGCUGUUGUUUGUCAAAUCCUGCUUGCUGUGGAAUAGAUAUCUAGAAGCAGACUUCUGUAAUCUUCUGGAACAAGUUAAGCAAAGUCAAAUAAAAUGGUCAGCUCUUCAGAGGCUGUGUUAUAAUACACAGUGAGGAAAAAGAUUCUGCCCAAAUAUGUGUCUGAUUCAAAGGAGUCCAUGUUUGCUCACAGCUACAACUGAACAUGGAGAAAAGGUUCAUCCCUUGGUCUGUGUUGCUCAUCUAUUGGCAAUGGUGCUGUAUCCACAAAGGAUAUGUCAGAUAACUCAUACAGAAGGGAAAAAUAAAACAGAUUAAGAACACUGUAUUUAAAAGACUUGUUGCCUUGAGGAACUUUGCAUGCUGUUGUGCAGCAAGCUACUAUAAUUAAAUGGCUUCAAGCCACCAGGAGACAUUUACUGUCAUCAGCAUUUCUAUUUCUAUGUUCACUUAAUUUUAAGGCUUAUUUGUUCAGAAUUUUAUGCAGGCUUGUACAGAGAAUAUGGAAUAUUAUGAGGAUAUUUAAAAGGGGUGGUUUUUCUGAAAACCAUAGCCUGAUUUUUCUAGGCUUCUACCUCUUGAAAUCUUGCAUUUUAAGACACAGUACUUCCUGAGAGGUGCCAAUCAACUGAGAUCCAUUUACAGAAUUUCUAAGAAACUAUUUGACUAUUACACAUUUACAUUAUUUAUUUCAAACAUUCUUUUUCAAUGUUUUCCCUGGCUGAUUGCCUAUUGGAAUGUAUCAUGUAUUCUUCUACAAGUUCAAAAACAAUGGAAAAAAGUUAAAUUUUAUUAAUAAAGAUUUUUGUAAUUACUUAAAA